AUGGCCAACGUCGAUACUUCACUUCCGCCAGAGCCGUCGGGCGCGGCUGCCGAGUUGGCCUCCCGCCAUGCCUCUGAACAUGCACUCAAGCUAUACGGCGGAUGGUUCUGCCCUUUCGUUCAGCGGGCUUGGAUCACAUUGUGUGAGAAGCAAAUUCCACAUCAGUACAUUGAAAUCAACCCCUAUAAGAAAGAAGCCGACUUUCUGGCCAUGAACCCUCGCGGCCUGGUGCCAACACUGGCUGUUCCCACCGGGCCAGAGGGAGAGAGCCACAAACCACUGUAUGAAAGUCUGGUCAUCUGUGAAUUCCUGGAGGACGCGUACUCGGAUGAAGCCAAGCACGGCCGUCGUUUGCUUCCGUCUGAUCCCUACGAGCGUGCCCGCGCCCGGCUGUGGAUCGACCAUAUUGGCACAAGAAUCGUCCCAGCCUUCUACCGCUUUCUACAGCAUACCCCGGAGAAGCCAUAUAGCAUCGAGCAGGCUCGGGCAGAGUUUCACGGCCAUAUACGCACCCUGACAGAGCAAAUGGAUCCUGAUGGGCCAUGGUUUUUGGGCGAGCACCUAAGUUUAGUCGACAUUAGCCUAGCCCCUUGGGCAAAACGACUAUGGUUGCUUGAUCACUACAAGUCCGGCGGACUAGCUAUUCCACAAGCUGAUGGAGAUGCCAUCUGGCAACGCUGGUUCAAGUGGUACCAUGCCAUUGUUGACCGACAGAGCGUCAAGGACACAUGGAGCGCUGAUGAACGAUAUAUUAUAGCUUAUAAACGCUACGCGGAUGAUACCACAAAUUCGCUCGUCGGGCAGGCCACAAGACAAGGACAGAGGUUGCCAUAA